UUUGUGCUAAGAAAAAUCUCAUAUUAUGGGAGAUUUAAAAGAUAAAAGUAUUCAUUUGACUGCUGAAAAACUAGCUGAGGAAAUAAAAGGGAUGAAAGUCUACAAGGAUUUCUAUAAAGAUUUACAGGUUAAACAUUGUAGAAAAAAAAAUGUUAUGGAACACAAUAAGGUGUUCGAGAUCAUUAAACUCUGCGGUCGAUAUGUAACGGAAGACUUGAUGCAAUGGGAGAAAAGAAUCCACAAAUCUCUCAACUCGAUGUGCACAGAAAUAGGUGUGUCAUUAUCACGCUUCAGGCUGGCUUCUGAUAGGGAUGAAUUGAGUGAUAAGUGGAACGAACUGAGUACUUACGAUAUAGAUUUGGCUUCAUAUCGGCCUGUUUAUGCGCCCAAGGACUUUCUGGAGGUCCUACUUUGGAUUCGAAGUCCAAACUAUCGACCUAUCGAUGGCGAAGGCACGUGGGAUUUUACACAAAUACCAUUGAAAGUUAAAACUUUGGCUGAAUUGAGAAGUUUUUAUUUGGAAUUAUCCAGAGGAGAAUGCUUGCUAGGCGUAAACGCAAAUAUGCCAUCACAUGGACAAUAUCCUACAAUUGAACUGGAACGAACGGCUUUAGGCGAAAAAGUACUUGCUUGUAGGCAUGCGCCAGUCGCCCAAGAAUUCUUGAAGAAAGGAGCACCAAGAAGUCUGAGAGGCCGUCUCUGGGCUCAGGUCAUGGGAUCUGAAGUUAGAGCUGCUGAUAAAGAAUACUUCAAUGAGCUGAAACAAAUGGUCCUACAGUAUGAUUUGAUGGUCGAUAAACUGAUCAUAAAGGACGUUCAGUUGACUGCUUCAAACGAUGAUCAAUAUUUUGUUUUUGAAGAUGUUCUCUAUCAGGUACUGUUGUGUUUCUCAAGAGACACAGAAAUCUUGUCAGUUUACAAUCACAGCUGUGGUAGUCCAAUCCACGGCGUUCUCAAAUCCAAACCGGCAACGCUUGAGAACACUGUCGUAUAUCCUCCCAGUGGUGUCAUACCUUUCCAUGGAUUUACAAUGUAUGGUAAGUUUAUUACAGAGUGCUCUGCAUAUUUCAGCUACGUAAUAAUAUAUUAUUUACUAUUUUUGUUAAAGUACAGUUUUGAGUUCGAUACAAAUGGAAUUAAUGCUAAUCGUCUGCAUAUUUUCAGUGUAAGAAUUGUUUUCAAAUGGUUAAUGCGGAGCUUCAGUGGCUACCUUCCUCCAGAGCAGCUCCUCUAUCUGUGGGACAUAGUUGUUGCUUACGACUCGCUGGAAAUAACCUCACUACUAGCGGUGGCUAUUCUCAGCUUCAGGAAGCACAACUUGUUCCAAGUGGAUAACAUGCAAGGAAUUGAGGCUGUCCUAGCUGAUCUAUCAUCAAUCCAAGUAUUAUCUCUGCUUCAGAUGGCGCUUAUGCCUGAAUGAUAAUGGCUAUGAAUAAAAAUACAAGAUCUGUCCAGGAAGGUUCAUUUUUCUGAGAGUUCUACGUGGAGUAGCCAGUAGAAGAUAAUCCAAACCAUGUAUGAGGAAUGAUACUGCUAUCUAGUCUUAUAUGAGAAAUUUUGGAUUUAAGAAUAGGACUGCUUAAAAAUGUUUUUGGACUCAAGAAGAAGUGUAUGUUACCUGUGAUCCCAAUAUGUUUCUCCUAAACUACUGAGUUGGCUGGUUGGUGUUUUUAAACUCCUUUCUAUUGAAUGUGAGAAACUUUUUGAUUUGCCUGUGAAUUAUCUUGGUGUUAUCAGUAGUUAUAAAAUUGAGUUAAAUUAAGAAAUUCAUCCGCCUAUUGCAGUUAAAUAUCACUUCUAUUUGUAUAAUAAAUGAAGUUACUGUAGAAAACGAUUGUACAAAAAUCAAGCUCUGAUCUCCGACUAUUGAUGACAAAUUCAUCUGAUCUCAUAUUACUGAUGAAAAUAUCGUUUGAUCUCUGAUUACUGUUGUAAUAAUAUUAUACUCGUGUAAGAGACUGUAAAAAUAUUGGUCUAGAAGUUACCUAUCAAUCUAAAUUUUUACUUUCUACUCUAAAUAAUAAUUUAAACUGAUGUUUAA